CGUUAGAGAGAAACAAGGAUAUCGGCCGUCCUUUGGAACGAACCCGGGGAUAAAAAGUGCUACCACGUCUUUACUACCCACUUCCACUACUACCUCACCGUGCGCCACUGCACCUUCCCGCGUGCUGCUGUUCCUCGCCGUUGCUGCCGUUCCAGCCAGCUACGGCCUCUCCCGCACCUUUUCUACCUCUUCCCUACGUCGUCGUCGUCGUCGUCCUCCUCUUCGCCGUCGCAUCGACCCGUCCUCGCAGUCUCACCCUCGCGUUAUACGUCGGCUGGAAAAAAACCGAGUUCAGUAGGGAGGUCCGGGUCCUCCAACCAGAAGAAGAGCCGAGGCUCACCAGACCCUUGCGUUACACCAAGACCUACCGUCUUGCGGGUCUACUAUUGGGGCUACCAGCUACUACCAGGAGUAGGUACCACAUCGGGUGGACCAUCGGUUGGCAGACCACGCAGCAUCAGUUCAGUCGGCGCCGCGCACCCAAACGGUUCAGACCUGUCUUUCUGCACGGAUUUUCUCGUUGUCCGAGAUAUAUAUACCUGUACACCUUACAGUACACGAGAUCAGCUAUUAUUAUCAUUAUAGCCCGCAUACACACCUGCGGUAUAAACAGGUAAUAGGUACAUACGAUACGGAACGCCGUGUAAUACGUACGAAUUAUAUUAUAUCCGAGGAUCGCGACGCGGCUAAAAGUUUACAAACACAACGCGUGACUUGUAUAAUACACUCACCCUUCCGAUACUCCGUAUACGUUCGCAGCGCACGUUUUUGUGAUCCACGUGAUUACGUACCAGACAAGUGAUUCGGUAUCGUCGGGUUUGAAUAUCCGACCCAUUCGUCGACGUUUCAAACCAACUCGAUCGUCCUCUUCGAUACCACCGACGUAACUACUCGUUUCCGGACAGUUAUAAAUUUUCAUUGACCAACUGCUGCUUUAUACACCCACAACACGGAGGAAAAGUCCGAUCAUUAUUAUCGCACCGAUAACGAUUCAACGAACGGCGACGUUUCAUCCGUUUCGACACACACCACUGCGGCAGAGAGGCGACAAGGGGUAAAGAAACUAGUAAAGCCAAAGCUCGAAACUUGAGGAGACUAAAAAAAUCGAGCGAAAGGGAGAAAGAAGGAGCGAAAGAAAUACAAGAGGAAGGAGAUAAAGAAGAGAAUAUCAACGAGCCAACGAGGCGGCAGCGACGACGUCGUCACCGGGGCGAGGCGCAGUGAUCUCACUGGCAGGGGCGACAGGAGAAGACAAGGACGAAAGUCGGUCCCAAAGAGGGAACCGGGAGCGGGGCAGUCCUCCUCUGCAUCACCACAACGAUAUAUAGUCGGAUAGCUCGAUACGUAAGCGAGUUUUACGUUAUAUGUAUAUAUAUAUAUAUACACGUAUAUACGUACGUAUAUAUAUAUAUAACUCGCGCACACCGUAUACGUCCUCUGGAAGUGGGGAGGAGAUACCCGUUCAGCGAUAGAGAUAGAGUGGUAGCCACGAACCAGCCAGCGGUGGGAAUUUAUAAGGAUGUUCGCGAUAAUGCCCAUGGAAACGGAGGGGCACGGCAGGGAAUUCGCGCGGCGACAGAAGAUGCGCGCCAAGUGCAGCGUAGAGUUCGUGUGCAAGUACUGCCAGCGUCGCUUCACAAAACCCUAUAACCUCAUGAUACACGAACGCAGUCACAAGGACGACGUCACCUUCACCUGCGAGGUCUGCGGCAAGUCCUUCAAACGGCAGGACAACCUUAAGCAGCACAGAUGUGGGUGGCGGUGAGCGGGAGCUCUGAGUCUCCUGCCUUCACACAAAAAAAAAAACAAAAAAAAAACAAAAAAAAACAAAAAAACAAACAAAUCACAAAUACCGCACUUUUUCCAUAUACAUUUUCCCAUUCCGCCUACUUCGCUUCCCUCAUAUUAUCACCCUAUCCUUAUAUUCUCCUCGAGUCUCUUCUUCUUCUUAUACUAUUCGACCUAUGAAUUUAUUACGAUGAUUACUUUUUUUCUUCCGAUCCUUUCUCUUGUUUUUUUCUCAAUCCACUCGAAAAAACCGCUUUCUUACAUUGACUAUCCAAAAAAAAAAAACCUUAUUUCCUAGAUCGCUUUAUGAAAUUCUCCCCACGACAGAGUACGAAAAGUUCUUUACUUACGUUGACUCUGGUGAACCAUAUCCCUUGCACCUGCAUCUCUGCAUCUCGAGAAAAAAAAAAAGAAAAUAAAACGCAGACGAUUCUUCGCUCUGCAGCUACCCAUGGCAUGACCUUCUUCGGUAUAAACUAACCCCCAUCUGUACGGUCCUUCUCGAAACGAAAAAUCCUCCUUUAUCGUCCGAUUUCUGCCAUCUCUGUUCCAGGAGCAUUCACUCCGUCCCUCACAAGGGUUCCAACGGCUACUCAAAUGGCUAUUCGAAUGGCUACUCUAGGUAUUAAAAAGCCACCGUCCUCCCUAGCGUUGCUGACGCACCACUAGAACCUUAUAACGCGCCCUACCAAACCCCCAAUUUUUCCCUCACCCUUACAUCCCCGCGUCAUUUUACGAAGAACGAAUAAGCGAAAAAAAAAAUAUCAACUCCGACGUACCUUCUCAUCACUUCCACGAUACGAUAUCCUCCUCCUCGCAUCAAUCGCUGCAUCAGAACGCCUUACCUCGACCGUUGCGGAGUACCAAACUCGGAAUUACGGAGACUCGAAAAAUUAUCCCCUCGGAAGAUGUCUCCGCGUGGAUCGUUUCCACAUUCAACGGACCCGGAGGAGGACGACCGCAGGAUGACCGGAAGAUUCGGCCCCGCUGAUAUUUGUCACCGACGAAAUCCACGUCGCGUCCGUCCCGAGGGUGACGCAAUCGAUGAUCCCUGCGCACGAAACGGACACCGCCAAGACCCCUUUAAAUUACGGUCCACGUGUUGCGGGAACCACAAACAACAACCGUGUGGCGUGGCGUAACGUUAACCAGUUCGCUUCGCGGCGUCGAGAGUUAAAGUAUUCCAAAGUACGGCUUCCGUGGACCACGCCCAACCCUCAGGCGACAUCGGGGAACCGAACCGUCUGUCGACGGGCUACUAUAUACAGGUACCAUGUCCGCAUGUAUACGAACCUGCCGUUCCGAAGCCCGAAAUCAGUCUGGAACGCCUCGAGCCAAGCACGCGGCAUGUGCGGAAACACCUGCAGUAGCCCAACGACGUACGUCGCGUCCGCCCGAUCGUUCCGUCCCCUCCUCGAUCCCGAGGGAUUCGUCCGAAUAAUAAGGAACUCGAACGCGAAGGACGGAAGGACGAAUGGCGGGGAAGCAACUGAGAUACACCGAUGCGAAGAUUUACUGAAAAAUGGAGAAGAAGACGUCGAGUGAGAAGGACGAGCGGAUUAUUAUAAUUAUACUAUUUGCGAGGAAUUUCGGAGCAGCUACAGCGCCUCGAUGUAAAUUCGAGACAUAGCUUUUGAGCAGGCCUUAAUCUCGUAGACGAAAUAAUAAUAUAUCUAUGAAAUUUCUGAACGCAAUGAUUCGAUGAAUUCCGGACGAAAAGAAAAAAAAAAACACGAAAAUUGAUCGAAUAAUUUUUCGCUGAUAUGAUUCACAGAUUUUUUAUAAUAUGUAUAAAAGACGUUGCGCAGAUCAUUGAUAAACGCGAGAGAUCAAUUUAGCUAUUGAAAUCCCACAUUAUUGCCGUUUUAUAUGUGUAUUAUAACACCGGUAAAAAUCAAAUUCAUAUACAAAAAGAGAAACAGAACAAAAGGAAAUAUCAAGAACUACAGAUAAUCAAUAUUUUCCCUUCAAUUAUGAUGAUAACGAUCCCUUAAAUGAGACUGCAGGUGCGCUUUGUACAUAGCUUAAAUAUAAUACUGUGUUUUUAAUAUUAUUAUUAUAAAUAAUAUUAUAUGAUAUCUUCGAGUAAAUAUAUAUUAUUAUUUUAUAAAUAUUAUUUGAUAGAUUUUAGUCAUUAUAGCUCGAUAGGCCCUGAUAUAUAGCGUACCCCGUCGUACCUAGUACUAGGAGUGAUAUAUAAUAAUAAUAAUAAUAAUAAUAAUAAUAAUUAAUUAUUUUGUAUCUAUAAUACGGCUAAUUCAAGCUUUACCGCACGAGACCCGGCUUUAAUUCACACGGGGCUGUAAGAUGAAAGAAAAGAUAAGGAAAAAAAGGCACCGAGUAUAUGAUAAACUUCAAAUAAACGAGAGAGAAAAAAAAACGCGAACAUAAAAAGAAAAAGGGAAUAGAUAAAAAGUAUACCCCGCGUGUCUCACUGUCGGGAUGUCGAAAUGUACUGUGGGGAAACCCACCACCGGCCUACCAAUAAAUUCGCCAACUUGUCAAA